CUGGCCAUGGGCGCCUGCUCAGAAGACCGUCACCUGUGCGGGGCCUCCUGGCUCCUGCGAUUCACCAGCCUCCUCCUCAGUGUCUGCAGCGAUGUGACCCAGAGUCCUGGAGCCCGUGGGUCUGCCGUGGACGAUUCUGGAAACCCUGUUCCUCUGAAGGGGAUUCUGGGAGCUUCUGUGCUGUUUCACAUGAUCAAAAAUCCAGAAUUACCUCCAGGAGCUGAGCCGGAGACUAUUACUUGGGGUGUUAUAAAUCAAAAAAUGUACACACCCGUACUCCAAGUCAGUCCCGAGGGAGAUGGUCCACGAUGGCUCAACCUCCAGAACAAGUUCGAGAAGAGGGUCCAUGUGGUCAACACAACGACCCUGAGGAUUGACAACCUGACCCUUGAGGACAGUGGGCUGUACCGGGUUCAAGAGUCCUAUUCGAGAGGAAGACAAUAUGACCAGGAUUUCUACCUGACGGUCUACGAGCCUGUGCCCCGUCCCCAGAUCCGAGCCACGGUUGUGUCCCUCACACGAGGCGGGUGCAACGUCACCAUGGAGUGUAACACCACAGGAACCAGGGAGGACCUGACCGUGUCCUGGGAGAGCGAGGGUCUCCCCUGGGAGCUGGAGCAGAGACCGGCCCCAGGACCAGCCCCCAACCCCUGGACACUGGCUGUGAACCUGCCCCUGAGCCAGCCCAGCCCCAGCCUCAUUUGUGUGGUCAGCAACCAGGGGGACAAGAAAACUGUCACCCUGGAUCUUGGGGACCUCUGUGAUCAUGAAACAUAUCCACAAGGACAGACCAGUGCUGCCCACUUGCGAAACAUCCUCGUGUCUGUUGUGGUCGUGGUGCUGAUCCUUGGAGCUGGGCUGUACCUUUGGAAGAAACGUGGGAAUAAGAAGACCAAAGAGCCUGGGAGAGGGGCAGGAUCACAGGAGGAGCCCAGGGACCCGGAUGGUGGCAUCCACUAUGCUGAGCUGAGCCAACAGGAGUCUGAAGACCACAGGGACAAGGGUCGGGGAGAACCACAUCUAGAAGAGGAGAACUCUGUCACUACUGUCUACAGUGAGGUCCGCAGGCCAGGCCAGGCCAUGACCAUGAUUUAAUGGGAAGAAGCAGGAGAAUCCCGCCUCGGGGACACCUGUCUCAUGAGUAUGAUGCCUGCAGCUCUGGCCCUGCCUCUUCCACCUCCAAUGGCUCUGAGCAGGGA